AUAAUAAUAAUAAUUAAAGGGUUGGAAGAGACCCCUUGGGCCAUUUAGUCCAACCCCUUUCUGCCUUUGUGCACCAAAAGCACAAGCAAAGCACCCCUGACAGAUGGCCACCCAGCCUCAAUGUUAAUAAUAAUAAUAAUAAUAAUAAUAAUAAUAAUAAUAAUAACAAUAAUAAUAAUAAUAAGGGUUGUAAGAGAAAAAGAGACCCCUUGGGUCAUUUAGCCCAACCCCCUUCUACCCUUGUGCUGUGGGGGCCGGAUAAAUGGCUUCGAUGGGCCGCAUCCGGCCCCCGGGCCUUAGUUUGGGGACCCCUGGUCUACUCAGUGCGUAUAAAUACACACACACACACACACACCCUAUGGCCAAGCUGUGUCCAGCACUUGCCCAAGAAAUUCACCACCUUAAAUCUAGGAAGGUGUAAUGGAAAUUGAUAUCCUUAUCUGACGAGGAAGAGGGCAAAGUUCCUUAAGAGUAGCUGGCACAGGGCUUUGCCCAGCGGAAGGCACUCCUGGUUCCACUUUCUCCUUCCACGAACAGACUUUUUUGGACAUAUAACUGUUUGACGUCUCCAACCACCACUAUGCUCACAGUGAACAGAGAAUUCCAAAACAAGGACGAUGCCUACUGUUUUUCCCUAGCCAAGGCUCUCUAUUGCGUUGCCACUCCAGUGACGGUCGGGUUUUUUGCCCCAUGGGGACACUGCAAAAACUUCCUCUUGGAUAGGAUUCGAGAAUAUAUGCGUUAUCAAUCCUGGAAAAAAGACCAACAGGAAUUCCACCGGACAGGGUUGAGACAGAGAGGGACAACCGGUUGGGACCUGGUCUCCGUCAUCCUCCUUAUGAUCUUCUAUCGUCCCGUCCUGACACCUCAACACAGGCAGAGGAGGAAUGUUCAGCACGUUUUUAUUCACUUCAGUGCCUGGGAAUACGCCGGGAGCGACCAGCUCUGGGCAGGCCUCAUUACGGCUCUAUGUGACGGCAUCGAAAACCAUUUCGGCCUGGUCCCGAUGAGCGUCUACCGGACUGUAGGUCGGAAGUGCGGCAUUGUUGAGUCGUCUCUACCCAAAGAAUGGGUCAGCAAGAAAUAUCUCUGCCUACCCUUAUGGGCCGCAAUCCUUCUGGUGUUGGGAGUAGCUGUUGUGGUUGCCGUCCUCAUCUUUCUGUACGGCAUCCCGGUUGGUGAUGCUUCUGGAGACGCCAUUGCGGUGGCCGAGGGUGUCGGGGCCACGGCGGUGGGGAUCACAGCAGCGGCGGCAGUCCGGAUGGGUGUGAUGGUGCUCCGGAACGUAGUGGUCAACCAAAAGGCUCAACUAGAGAGGCAGAUGAACCGGACGGACCUCAGCGCCCAGCUGGGCUUCAUGAGUAAUGUCAAGAGGGAGGUCAGGAUCAUCGCCAAGUUCCUGCAGUUCAUGGAGAUCUUCCAGCGCAGGAAACUCCGGGUGGUUCUGGAAAUCACCAGCUUGGACCGCUGCAGCCCCGACAAAGUGGUAGGUGUCCUGGAUGCAAUGAACAUCCUCCUCUCGGACUACGAGGCCCCAUUCAUCUCCAUCUUGGUGGCCGACCCGAGCGUGAUCGUGGACUGCGUGGAGAACUCCCUGUUCAUGAAAGGGAUGGCCAACAAUGGCUACGAUUUCCUCAAUCGCAUCAUCACCUUGCCCUUUUCGGUUCCCAAGACGGACCACAACACCAAGAUGCAGCUGAUCCAGAGAAUGGUUCAAUGCAAGGAGGAGCAAGAGAACAGUUUUGAAGACGACGAGGAAUCGGGAGAAAAUUUCCUGCUGAAGAACCCGGCUAAAGAGACAAACACGUCAAUGAUUUGCUGUUGCUGUAAAUCCGCUGAUCAGAAGAUGCCCGGCAGAAGCAGAGACAGCAGCCGAGUGCCUUUAGUGGUGGUUCAUUCCCCCAAGAUGGAAGAGCCACACAAUAGAAGAUGCGGUAAAGGCUUCAAAGCCAAAGAUUUGAUCCAAGAGGCCUUUGAGUACUUGCUGGACGACAGCAUGAAGGAGUACGUGACAGACAACACGUUGCAAAUGAAACGGAUCAUCAACAACAUCACUGUCACGGUGCGGCUCAUGGCGACGGAGGUUCCUCGAGACAAGCUGUGUCCGCAAAAGGUCACCGCCUGGGUUCUCCUCGCCAACCAGUGGCCCUGCCGACUGAGUUGGAUCUUGCAAUGCAUUGAGGACGAUGAGCAGACGGGCCGCCUUUGCGAGGGCCAAGAGUGCCAGCUCACCCCGGACCUCUUCUUGUGGGAGGUGUACGAGAAGUACAUGGAAGAGCUCGACAUGCUCAAAGCCCAGCUGGAGAAGCUGCUGGAGCUGGACAGGGACCCGGAGCUUUUCCACAACUUCCUCUGCGGGCGUUUCCGGGUGCAGGACGCCAACUUCUUCCUGCCCUACACGGUCAACCUGGACUCUUCCUUGAAGAGGCACAUGGAGCUCUUGCGGGGCAGCCGCAACCUCAAACGGAUCAACAAGACCUACGGGAUUUCCAAAUGCAUCCUCUUUGGGAUGUCGGUAGAGCAGAUCUGCAAAGAGAUGGACAGUCUUUCUCUGAAGGAAGAAAAUGCCCAGCGGUACAAAGAGCGGUUGAGGGAGCAUCACUUGGACGGCCGGGCGCUGCUUUAUAGUGACCGAAACGAGGUCAAGGAUGCCCUUGGCAUGGGCCUGGGCGAAUGGAUGGCCUUCUGCAUGCAUUUCCUUGACUCCACCCCUGUCCCUUCUGCAUUGCCGUUGUUCCCUGCAAAGAGCUGGCUAGGCUUGCAGGACAGCACACUGAAAGGAAGCCAGCUCUCCUUAUCCAAAGAAAACAUCCUCCGAUAAAGCUUCCCCCAAAACAGUUUCCCUUCCGGAUAAAUUAGGACUAUAUGAAUCCUAUCAAGCAAUAAGUGAUGCUAUCCUUUGUUGAGGAAGGCUGAUUUAUGACCGCCUGGAACACACCGCUUCAAGGACCCAGACUUUCUACAAGUUUAAUGUUUAUUUAUUGCCACUGGGUUUAGCCCAGUCCUGAAGAUCAACGCUAUAGAUAAUACUAUGUAAAUAACAUGAUUUUUGUUCCUGG